GCGGUCAGUUACAAUACCAUUCAUAUUACUUCAACAUCAAGAACAGUAAUAUCGAUCGUCAAUAAUAUUGAUCUUUCGAUCGUUUCAUUCGAUACAUAAAUACGUACGUGCAUAUAAUAUCGGAUUGUCUCCUUAAUUCAUAUAAGAAAGAAAGAAAGAAAAAAGGAGGAAGGAAAUUUGAAAUAAGUGAAAUUUUGUCGAAGGAUAAAUAUUCUUUUUUUUUUUUUGCUUCAUUUUGUAAAUCCCUGAGAAAAAGAAGAAUCGAAAUGCGUUUUUUCCUUCCGAUCAUUUGUACGAUCUUGAUGUGCAUCAUUUUUCCAAUGAUCACGGCUGGUUAUAAUGUCCUUAGAAAUAAUACCGUGGAAUUACCAAAGACAACGCCACGUCCUGAUAUAAUUGUGGCACCGAUAAGACGAUGUCCACCUGGACAAAAACACGAUUCCUACGAAGCACAUGUAUCCUGUGUGUAAUAACGAAAGAAAGUAAAAAAAAAAAAAGAAAGAAAGAAAGAAAGAAAAAGAAAAAGAAGUAGAAAAAAAAAAUGAAGAAAAAAGAAACGACAAAUAAAGAACACCCUCAACGUGAAAUUCUUUCACAAAACUUAUAAAAAUGAAGCCACCAAGGUAGCGGAGGAGGAGGGGUAGGAACGACGAAAUAAAAAGAAAUAAAAAAAAAAGAAUAAAUACAAAAUAAAACAAAAAAGAAAAAAAAAGGGAGAAAACAAUAGAAAGAAAAAUCAAAUAGAAAGAGAAACCAAGAUAAAAAAAAUAAAAUAAAAAAAUAAAAAAAUAAUAACGAAAGAGGAAAAAAAAAAAGGAAAAAGAAAAUAAUUUAAUCCGGCGAAUCCAAUAACAGUCGGAGAUCGUUUCGAGUUCGGAAAGACGAGUGACACUUUCGUUGAAGUGCACACCUUCGAUGUUAGCUCUGACGAUGCAACGAAGACUCGUCGUCGUCGUCGUCGUCGUCGUCGUCGUCGUAGUCGUCGUCGUAGUCUUCGUUGUCCUCGUCCUCGUCGAAAGGGGUGGGCCGCCCUUUCUAGCGACGCUUUCCACCCUCUACGAACAGCGCCGCCGCUACCACUACCACCACCACCACCACCAUUGCCACCACCACCACCACCACAUCACCACCACCACCACCAUCACUACCACCACUACUCUUCAACCAUCUAGCCAGCCAGCCAGCCAGCCAGCCAUCCAGCCAGCCAGCCAGCCAGCCAGCCAGCCAGCCAGCCAGCUUCCUCCUGGUGUCCGCACGUAUACCAGAGAGCGACUGCUGAGUUUCGUGGCUCCUUCGGUUCACUCAGUAGCGCCGGGUGUUUCGACGCGGCAAGAGCUUAUAAUUUGCCCUAGUGUUGCCCUACCAUCCUCCAUUUCUCCAUCGAAUUUUUACACGCCGUUUGUAUAUCCUACCACUUUUCCCCCACCACACCAAUUAAAAUCAUCUCCCACCCACUCACCUAUCCACCCCACUCACUCAACCAUUCACCCACUCAUUCAACCACUCAAACCACUCACCACUUCACUCUUCAACACUUAAUUUCAUCAUCGAAUGGAUCUCGCGGGAUAAGGGAGCCGCCCAGCCGCGAAAACGCGCAAAACCCUUCCUACCUUUAGCAACCUAGACGACCAACCCCACUCUCUCUCUCUCUCUCUUUCUCUCUCUCUUCACUCUACUCCGCUUGCGACUCCUCGACGCGCAUGAAAACAUCGGCGCGGCGCGUGCAAUCUUUGUAGUUGACUGGGUGACAGCGUGUGCUUUGGAUCCUACGGAUAGUUUUCUUCGGAGGAUUAUAUUGUUUUCUGAUUUUGAUAUAAUCGAAGGAACGUGGAGUUAUGCCAGUGACGAGAGUGCCAACUGUCUUUCAUCCUGACGGUGGUGGUAGUGAUGUGAAUGAUGAGAUAAAUCAUUCGAAGCUAUCGUCGGACCAGUGUUACAAAUCUGUACUCAAUUGUGAUACUACUAUUGCUUCUGCUAUUACUACUACUGUUACUAAUAAUAUCGGUACCAGUGCUGCUGCUAUUACUACUACUACUACUACUACUACUACUUCUUGUUCUCGUGCUAUUGGUUGUGCUCAAUCAAGAAAACGUAACGAUUACGCAUUUGUGACUUUUCUUCGGGUCAACAUGAGAGCCGCUAUCAUCGGUGUUAUCGGUGUCCUCGUUGUCCAGUUCGCUGGUACACUUGGUAUAUCCAGCAAAGGUGGCGACAUCAAAGUCGAAAUAAAAAUGCCAAGAGAAGCCGAGGAAGGUACCACAAUCGAAUUAAGAUGCGAAUGGCGACUUUUGGGUGGUGCUGGUCUUUAUUCUGUCAAAUGGUACAAGGAUGAACAUGAAUUUUUCCGAUACGUACCAGAUAACGAUCCUAAAAUACAAACAUUUCCACAACUUGGUAUACAUCUCGACAAGAGGUCAAACAGCGAAAAGUCGAUAAGGUUGGCGAACGUGAGGUUGGAGACAUCCGGUCAAUACAAAUGCGAGGUAUCAACAGAGGGUCC